GGACGAUUUAUAGAACGCUGCCGUUUCCGGCGAGAGGCAAACAAGUUUGACUUUGGCCGCGUUUACUAGGAGUUAAAUAUGGCUUCGCUGACUUUAAAUUCAAUCAGGCAAAUUAUGAGAGCGAUGGUAGAUAAUCCAGGCUUCGACAGAGUGCUGAGCAAGGUAGACGUUUUGUCUGCCAUCCCUGGUAAGGUGGUCUGUGAGAUGAGGGUAGAAGAGGAGCACACCAACCGACUUGGGACGCUGCACGGCGGGAUGACAGCCACCCUGGUCGAUGUCAUCUCCACCGUGGCGAUCAUGCACAGUGAGAGGGGAUCACCGGGGGUCAGCGUGGACAUGAACAUAACAUAUAUGAAUGCUGCCAAGCUGGGAGAGGAUGUGGUCAUUACUGCUCAGGUUCUAAAGCAAGGACGGACACUGGCAUUUGCCACCGUAGACCUCACCAGCAAGGCUACUGGGAAGCUCAUUGCACAAGGAAGACACACUAAGCACCUUGGCAGCAGCUGAACUGGCUCCAAUCUGUGCCUUUUGUAGUAAUCUCACAGAUCAUAUCUGUACUGUCAGAUCAAGGUCUAAACCUACCUCUGCCUGUAAAUCGUUUGAAAAACAUAAGAGUGGUGGGUGCCACAACUACAUAACACCACUCACUGCUGGUUACUUAGUGACUUGUGUUGUUACUGAUACGUAGAAGUAUUUAUCACAACAUUUAGAGAAAUUUCUAAUGGUCACUACUGUAUCAAUGAUUCAUGCACAUGCAAUAAAGCAAAUGGACAAAG